UGAAUCAUUACUGCUUAAAUAUAAAGAGGCAUAAAAGCUAUGCUGCUGAACUAGGAAAUCCUGAGACCUCGAUUACACAUUUAUCAAAUCUUUCUGAGAAACUACUUCCUACAUCUGGCUUUUUAAGGCUGUUAUGGAGGACGACUUUCAAAAACAAAUUGUACAGUCCAGCAAAUAUCAUUCAAAAAAUUAACAGAAGGAUCUUAUCAUCAGAAAUUUUAUCUGGAACUAACAAGGCUGUAAAGAAUCUAACCCGCAUCGAGAUGAUCAUCUCCAUCAAUUGUUGUUUGUUUUCUAUGUUUGACAAUGAUCAGUCGUCAGAUUUCGAAAAGUAAAGCGCUUCCGACAAGUCUAUUUGUUUAGUUUAUGGUAAUUUUUCUCUGUUUCAUCUUUAAAUAAUUUGAUUUACUGACUAAAAACGGAAAUCAUUUACCGUGGGCACAUCUUCCCAUAAGGCAUUGAAAUGACGUGAAGGUGUGAAGUGUUGUUCUCUUGGGUCACAGAACAUAUUACUUGCCCACCUUCCCUCAAACUAAAGGCUUUCUGGACUUUCAGUUCAUCUACGAUGGCCAAUAAUUUAUCAGACCAAAAUGAAACAUUGUUCCCCUGCAAUUACGAUCCAUCGCUUCUUCUUCAAGUACCACCCUAUCUCUACUACACCUACAUUGUCACAGCAGCUUUCAACGCGGUCUUUUCACUAACAGCUUUCAUAGGAAACGCUCUCGUUUUAACAGCCCUUGUAAAAACCCGAGCUCUCCACUCGCCGUCUAAAGCACUCCUUCGAAGUUUGGCUUUAUCCGAUCUUUUUGUCGGUUUAUUUGUUCAACCCGUAUACAUUGCAUAUUGCCUCUCUGGUGUAGUAGGAAACUCGUGGAUUCGAUGUACUUCCUGGAUUGUCUACCCUCUUCUAAGUGAUUACUUCGUAGCAGUCUCGUUUUUCACGAUGAUCACAAUAAGCAUUGACAGAUUUCUGGCUUUACACCUUCGUGCCCGCUAUCGUUCAGUCGUCACAAUAAAAAAGGCAAACAUCACCGUGUUGUCUCUGUGGAUAACCAGCUUAAUCUUCCCAAUUGCACGCUUACUGGCAGGAAAGAUCACAAUAGUUCUUUCUGUUUCAUCGUUCUCACUUUUUAUAGUGGUACCAACUUUUACGCACUUGAAAAUUCAGCGCAUGCUUCGCCGACAAGAAAGGCAGGUUUUCAACCAGUUCAACCAAUUUUAUCUACACAGAGAGGAAAGCUACCUGUCUAUUAAUAAGUACAAGAAGUCCGUUGCUGCAAUGCGCUAUGUUUAUGUCGUUCUUAUGUUGUGUUAUAUACCCAUAACCUGUGUGGCCAUUCUGUAUGUCAAGAAUGACUCAUCCCCACUGAUUCUACUGUCUUUGGGUCAUUUUGCGUUCACAUUACUUUUCGUGAACUCUUCGUUAAACCCGAUUUUGUAUUGUUGGCAAAUCAGGCAGGUUCGUGCAGCGAUGUGGAUGCUUAUUAAUAACUUAAAUCCUUGUUGUUAACCUUUAAGUUACUCCAAAAGACAUUGUGUAAGGAGUGGAGUCAGGAAUGGAUGGAUUUCAUUUAAGAUCAGCAGUGUCGAACUCCUGCACGAAGGCAAAAGUAUAUCCUCGUCAUGCCCUUCUCCCAUAAACCGCCAUGCACUGCUACCGGCCUGUCCUUCAAGUUUUUCCGCAGCCCUCCCAAACCGACUCCACUCCCGGCUUUGUCAACUUACAACUGUUCUUUGGUAAGUACACGACGACUGAAAUGAACUCUUUGUUACCCCGCAAAAAUAUUUCAAAACAGGAAAAACAGGGAAAAAAAAGCUCUACUGGUAAGGGGUUGUACUUUUUGGUGUAUUUGCUUUCUGUUCGAUUUUGCAAAACAUUAGAAACAUUCUUCGUGUUUAGGAGAACACUGCAAAGCGCUACGUGACUAGAAAAACAAUUGUGUUUCUAAUGAAAAUUGAAAGCUUUCAGUUACUCAUUCGGCCUGAAUUCUGAUACGCUGAAAUAUUAAACAACUGUAAUUGUCGAAGCUAUUUUUUCCUGACAAUUAUUGUAAUGCGAAAACUGAUCGGCCGUGUGUACAGGGAAAAAUUAAUUUAAAUGGUAUUUAGGCCAUAAAGGAAUAUUGCCUUGUGAUGCAAGAACAUCUCAUGACGUCUGUCUUUCAGUAAAAUAAACUGUCAUCUGUUUUACUGUUAUUUUGUGCCAAUUUGAUAACUCGACAGGAAAGAAUGGAUUUAAAAUCCUGAUGAUUUUCCACUGUAUUACAUUGGGCUAAAAUCA